ACCACAUCGCAGCCACACCGGGGUCUCCUUUAAGCCAUGGCUUAAGCGAUGCGGGCGGGCGGUGUGUUGGCAUGGGAGUGCCAAAGACAGCCCUUCCAUUGGACACCACGAAGCCCAGCACCUUGCUGUGGUCAAAGCUGCCACAGCAGAGGACAUACAGUUCAAGAUGGCGCUGCUAAGGUGCUGCUGGCAGCCUUGGCUGGUUCCUGUGGGCUCAGAUCCAAUGGCCGCCUCCGAGCCCCUGAGAAGGUGAAGCUGAGAGCGAGCUCUGCAGAAGUGGGGAGCCAAAAGCGGAAGUUUUUACCCAAGCACCAGAUGAUGGUGGAUGUGGCUGUUCUGGCACCCAGCCAAAACGACGGUGAAGAAGAUUUACUGAAGAAUGCUGAGGUCUUGCUAUCUCAGAAGCAUGUACGCUCUGUGGCUGUCUUUGAGCCGCGGGGUGUUGGCCUGGACACAUCCAGGGUUGGCAUACGGCACCUGGCCGGAGAUCCUGACCUGGAGAUCGUUUACAAGGAGUGUGGCUUCUCCUUUCGUUUGGACCUCUCCCAGCGCCUGUCGCGCUUGAGCCGCUGCCAGGGUGGCGUCGCCGAGCGUGGGCGGCUGCGAGGGUUGGUGCAGCCCACCGAGCGGGUGCUGGUACUGGGCUCCGGCAUUGGACUGAGCUCCUGCAUUGUGGGUGCUGGAGCCUUGGAGGUGUGGGGCCUGGAAAAGGAUGAGGUGAAGCAUGGCUUUGCUGAGGCCAACAUCAUUGAGAAUGAGCUGGAAGGAAAGGUUCGGAGCAUCGCGCGGGAUCCUUUGGACGUGAACGACCUUGGCGGCUUUCAUCGGAUCUGUGCAUUUCUCAAAUUCCAGCCGGUUGCAAAUCUGAAGCCGCUGAUGGACGUCUUGUUGCCGGGGGGCGUUCAACAACUCGUUCGCCUACUUUGGAUCAGUCGACCUCUCCCCCAGGAGUUCCACCGGGAGCCCUUGGCGGUCUUGGACGCCUUCCGUGCGUUGUCGGGUCGCCCCAUGCAGCUGACUUGGCGCGGCCGUGUGCCACGGAAGUCCAUCGCACGGGAUAGCUACCGAGUUGGGAUGGAUCUCCGAAUCGCAUGAGAAGAGAGGACAAAUCGGUUCUGCAAGUCUCAGGUUUCUUGUCCAGGAGAGAUCGGAACAAAAGGUGCGAAAGAGCAACCGCUUGCGGCAUUGAGCGCGUGUAACAGGGCAUUAUUGUUAUUGAUUGUUUCUUGCGGUUCUUGCGGGGCAGAACUGCAUGGAUUUGGCAGAAGGUACUAUGACUAGGCAAAGGCCAG